AUGGCCCAAGGCGCAGUCAAGAAAGCGCACAAGGUCAGCGCACCGAAAAAGGCAUCUGGACCCCAACGCGGCUCGCGCGUGAUCAAACCGAAAAAGGCAUCGUUGAUACAACAGCAAAAGAUCAAGAAGAAGGUUACUGCCGGAUUGACGCCGCAGACGGAGAAGUUGCUCGCUCAAAAGGCGGGACAUCUAGAGAUGUUGAGGGGUGGAAAGAAAGAUAGGAAG